AUGCUUCCCGUAACGCAUCAUUCUCAGCAAAGUUUCUCAAACGAUGACUUCUCCAGUCACUUGGAGAAAGGUUCAAACUAUCCUCAUGAAUAUGAACCAGAAAGUCGCAAGUUGAAUACUGACGAUGAACAUUUUGAUGAAAUAAAGAAGCCUUGGUAUCAGACUUACGAGAGAAAGAUUCUGAUUGGUAUCAUCGUCUUUAUUUGUGUUCUUCUUAUUAUUAUUUUGGGCAGUGUCCUUGGCCAUCGUACUCAUGAAAGAAACCGCCACCCCUCGUACAAACAAGAGAACUACACAAUGCUCAAGUCAUACGAAGGUGAAUCGUUUUUCGAUAACUUUGAUUUUUUCAGUGAAGCAGAUCCUACUAAAGGGUUUGUUCAAUACAAGACCCGUGAAGCCAGUGAACAAAUGGGUUUAAUUCAUGCCAACAGUACCAACGUGAUUAUGACUGCUGACAACAAGGAGAAAGCCCCUAAUGGUCGUCCAUCUGUUCGAAUUUCAACUAAGGAGUAUUUUAAAAACGUUUUGAUUAUCCUUGAUGUCUUGCAUGCACCUACUGGAUGCGGUACUUGGCCCGCAUUUUGGACAGUUGGUGAUGAUUGGCCUAAAAAUGGUGAAAUUGAUAUCAUGGAAAAUGUGAACUUGGCUCGAAAGGGUCAAGUUACAUUACAUACCGACGAUGGUUGUGACAUGACAGGCGUCAAGCAAGUAAUGACUGGAAAUACUUUGCAAUCUAAUUGUUAUGUAAAUGCUCCCGGAGCAAAUAAUGCUGGUUGUGGUGUGAAGGCUGCUGAGGAUGGUUCAUUUGGAGCCCCUUUUAAUGCACAACAAGGUGGUGUUUACGCUCUUGACUGGCGCAGCGAGGGUAUUCGCGCCUGGUUUUUCAAUCGUACAAAUAUUCCUACAGACAUUACAAACAAGCAACCUCAACCCGCUAAUUGGGAAACUCCUUUAGCUGACUUUCCCAACACAAAAUGUAAUAUUGAUAAACGAUUUGGUAAUCAGAAAAUCGUUUUUGAUCUUACAUUCUGUGGUGAUUGGGCUGGAGCUAGCUCGUCUUUAACAAAUGCUGGAUGUCCUUCUAGCUGCACUGAUUUUGUUGCCAAUAAUCCCCAAAAUCUUACAGAAGCAUACUGGGAUAUUCGUAGUUUGAACGUCUUUAAAAGUCAAUAA